CGGAGGCUGCCCUGGCUGGAUAUCCGCGAUGGAGGACGUGCAGACGCCGGGGUCCGAGGAGACGCCUGGGCAGGGCCUGGGGUCGGUGGUGGUGGUCAAUCCAGACGUCCCGGUGCCCGCCCCCGGGCCCAAGGGCGGGGCCGACAAGCCCUUCUCGUGCCCGGGCUGCGGCCUGGGCUUCCGUCGGGCGUCCAACAUGGCGCGGCACCGGUGCCGGCGGGACGGGGAGCGCCCGUACCCGUGCGGGGACUGCGCCCGGGCCUUCAACUACCCCUCGGAGCUGGCCAUCCACCGGCGCAGCCACACCCGGGAGCGGCCCUUCAUCUGCUCGGCCUGCGGCAAGGGCUUCCUGUACUCCUCCAACCUGCUGACCCACCAGCGGGUCCACACGGGCGAGCGGCCCUUCGCCUGCCCGCUCUGUGGCAAGGGCUUCACCCGCUCCUCCAGCCUGGCCGCCCACCAGCGGGUCCACUCGGACGAGCGCCCGUACCCGUGCGACGGAUGCCAGCGCCGCUUCAAGAGUGAGAAGGAGCUGAAGAUCCACCAGCGGCUGCACCAGGGCGAGCGGCCGUUCCCCUGCGGCAUCUGUGGCAAGGGCUUCACCCAGCUGGCAGUGCUGCUGGCCCACCAGCGGGCGCACACCGGCGAGCGGCCCUUCGCCUGCUCGCUGUGCGGCAAGGCCUUUGCCCGCUCCUCCAGCCUGACCGCCCACGCUGGCGUCCACUCGGACGAGCGCCCCUUCCCCUGCGAGCUCUGCCAGAAACGCUUCAAGAGCUCCAAGGAGCUGAAGGUGCACCGCCAGGUCCACUCCGAGGAGCGGCCCUACCCGUGCGGCGUGUGCGGCGAGCGUUUCCGCCAAGCCCGUAACCUCCAGGCGCACCGCCGCACCCACACCGGCGAGCGGCCCUUCGCCUGCUCCCUCUGCGCCAAGCGCUUUGCCCGCUCCUCCAGCCUGCUGGCCCACCAGCGGGUCCACUCCGACGACCGGCCCUUCCCCUGCCCCGAGUGCCCCAAGCGCUUCAAGAGUGCCCGGGAGCUGGCCACCCACCGGCGGGUGCACAGCGGCGAGAGGCCGUACCCCUGCCCGGUCUGCCCGCGGCGUUUCACCCAACCCUCCAUCCUGCAGACCCACCGGCGGGUCCACACUGGGGAGAGGCCGUACGCCUGCCCGGUCUGCCCACGCCGCUUUAUCUGUGCCUCCUCGCUGCUCAACCACCGCAGGGUGCACACCCGCGAGCGCCCCUUCCCAUGCCCCGUCUGUGGCAAGUGCUUCCGACAGUCUGCCAACCUGCAGACCCACCGACGGCUCCACCUCUGACCUGUGGGGGGGCGCGCCCUCCUCACCCAGCCCUCCAUCCUGCAGUUACCCCUGUGACCUGUGGGGGGAGCCCCCUCUUCAC